GAUAUACUACUUUGAUACAUGGAGAGAAUUUGAAUUCCUUCCACAAGGCAGUGAUCCUUCUACAUAUGAAAUGAUACAGAAAAUUCAGGCCUUACAAAAACGUCUUAUUAGUAAGACAGAAGAAGUAGUUGAAAAAGAAUUGUUGAUUCAAGAGAAGGAGAAAAUUUACAUCGAAUUGAAACAUAUAUUGGCACGUCAGCCAGGUCCAGAGGUUGCAGAACAACUCAACGUUUAUCAAAGUAUUAUAAAAGAUAAAACUAAACAAAUGAAAGCAAUGACCGCUGAGAUGAACGUUUAUGAAAGUCAAAUAGCUGAGUAUAAGUCAGAAAUAGAACAUCUGAAUCGUGAAUUACAAGAAGUUAAGAGAAAUUACUUUAAACAAAAAAGACGUCAACAGAAGAUGAAUUUAUCCAAUGAAAGUAAUAAUAGCCAAAAAGAAGAUAAAAUUCAAAGGCAUCUCCAGCAGCAGAGGCAAUCAAUAUUACACGAACAGCCAAAAGAUUCACAAGCACGUUUUACUGGUGGAGGAUUUAAAAUAACACAUGUUGUCAGUUGAUCUGAUAUAUGAUCAAUGUUUAUUAAUUUUUAAAAAAAACGAAAAAAUAUUCAAAUAGGAUGCAUUGUUCAUGUAUCUAUAUGUAAAGAUUUAUACAUUUUGUCACAAAUAAAAUAUUAGUUUUGAUUUUAACUUAGUAUCACUGUAACAAAUCUGCUCUCCUCAAAAU